AUGAAUUUUAAGUACAUAGUCGCAGUGUCCAUUUUAAUAGCAUCUGCAUAUGCACGAAGUGAAGGGAACGACAUACAGUCUCUGAGUCAGAGGGAUGUUUUAGAAGAAGAAUCACUGAGGGAAAUCAGAGGUAUAGGAGGAGCCCUCCUAGAUGCUGGUAAAUCAGCUUUAAAAGGCUUGGCUAAAGGAUUGGCUGAGCAUUUUGGGAAGAGAACAGCUGAAGAUCAUGAAAUGAUGAAAAGACUGGAAGCCGCAAUGCAGUCUCUGAGUCAGAGGGAUGUUUUAGAAGAUGAAUCACUGAGGGAAAUCAGAGGUAUAGGAGGAGCCCUCCUAAGUGCUGGUAAAUCAGCUUUAAAAGGCUUGGCUAAAGGAUUGGCUGAGCAUUUUGCGAAUGGGAAGAGAACAGCUGAAGAUCAUGAAAUGAUGAAAAGACUGGAAGCCGCAGUGCGUGAUCUAGAUUCCUUGGAUCAUCCAGAGGAAGCUUCUGAAAAGGAAACCAGAGGCUUCAAUCAAGAGGAUUGCUUUCAUGAAUAUUUGCAAAAUGAUGCUUAUCAUUGUAAAUAAAGCACAAAAAAACUAUUUAAACAAACUGCAUGUUCUCUACUCUGCUAAAAUCAUAUGAGCAAAACCUGUUUAUCAUUUGAAAUUAACAUUAGCAUUUCUGCUUAAUAUUUAUGUAGUAAAGUUUAUCUAAUGAUUUUUCUACAAAAGCCAACAUAAAAUCUAUGGAAAUAUUUGUAGAUAAUAAUUAUAUAAUAUUUUCUACAGGAUUGUGUUUCACCCCAACAUGUCGACACCUGGAAAACUAGUUAAUCAAACAAUAAGAAGCAUAUGAUAUUUAUUUACAUGAUUUUCAUGCACCCUAUUUUCUUAUACACACUUGUUCCUCUAAUCUUAAUAUAAAAACAAUGUAACAAACAUGACCAAAAUGUUGAUAAUUAAGCAGCUAUACUAAAAAACAUUACAAAUAUAUAGGAUAGGAAAAUAUAUUAACAUUUUCAAUGAUUUUCAACAUUGUUUAAUUAGUACUUUUCUCUUUAAAGCCCAUUUAUUCUUA